GAUCAAGUGUGUCUCUGGAACAGGGUGUCCGCGAGGUCUUAAAAAGUUGAUAAAUCAAUUAUGAGAAAAUUGAGGCCCUUAAAAGCGUGCUCGAUCCACACGAUUGUUUCAGACUGGGGUGCAUCUGGCCAAGCUUAUCCAUCCGGAUGAUGUCACGUAAUUUGCGACAAACGCGGGAAGAGUCUUCUACUGCUGGUGAUAUCUUUCUCAAACAUGUCACAUCUAUUAUGAAGGACAAACACACUUCUGGAGAUCAGGAUUUGUCUCCAGGAUGCAGUCUGGAUCAUGGAAGAGAGAAGAGGAUUACAACAGGAACAUGCAAAUAUGAUGCCUGUUUUCUCACACUGGAUCCAAACACAACAAACAGUCGUCUCAUUCUGUCCGAGGAGAACAGAAAGGUGACACGAGUGAGGGAGAAACAGUGGUAUCCUGAUCAUCCAGACAGAUUUGACGAUGUGUCUCAGGUGUUGUGGAGAGAGAGUGUGUGUGGACGCUGUUACUGGGAGAUUGACUGGAGUGGAGAUGGUGUGGAAAUAUCAGUGUCAUAUAAGAGUAUUAGAAGGAAGGGACGAGGUUAUGAGAGUUGGUUUGGAUGUAAUGCUCAGUCCUGGAGUUUGAUCUGCUCUUCCUCCAGUUUCUCAUUCAUACACGAUAACACACAGACUGGUCUCUCUGUAGAGCCGAUCAGCAGUAGAAUAGGAGUGUUUGUGGAUCACAAUGCAGGAACUCUGAUCUUCUACAACAUCUAUAGAGAUAAAACGAGUCUUAUCCACUCAGUCCAGACCACAUUCACUGAGCCGCUCUGGCCUGGGUUUAGGGUUCAUUAUGGAUCAUCAGUAAAACUGUGCUAAAGACUGAGAGACUGAAGAGAGAUCUACUCAUAAUCCUCUGCUCUGCAGGAUUAGCCAGUAGAAGUAUGAUUACUAAAAACUCAUUUGUUUUAUGUUGCUUUUACAAAUGUAUUGUAAACUUGCCUCUUGUUAUUUCUGUUUUCUUUUAUAUUGUUUUCU